GUUCAGAUGAUGUCAAGGCGCUUAGAGAUGGGUUAGCCACCCAGGCCGUCUUACUCCCAUUUCCGCCCAUUCCGGGGCUGUUCCGGACAUCGUUGCAUGAAACAAGUGCUGGCCACAAUCAAGCAAGCCAAGCUUUCUUGCGUGCACCGCCGACGUCACCCAAACAUCCACAGCCUCCAUCUGGCAUCUGGGGAUGCGCAAUCCGUGGAGGGCCAAGAGAUCGGCCCGACUGAAGUGGCGAAGAAGAUCGGACAAUAAAACCUAGUCGCCGACUUCAUUAUUCUUCACAACGUGCACCUUCACCAUGGUUGCAGUCGCAUCUCUCUGGCUGCUGCUGUUGCUGCGGGGGAUCCUGCACGUGGGCGCCAAGAGCACGAGCGAAGUCACCUCCAUCUCCGAUCUCUCCUCCGAUUCCUCCUCAUCGACCCGUUCCGCAACCGACACCACCGCCUCGAUUAUCGUGAUCACCAGCGAAACCGCAGUAGCCGUUCCCACCGGCAGCUAUAUCAGCUACACUACCACCAUCACUGUCGCCGACAGCAUCACCCCGACCACCUUCGCAACCACCACCGCCUCGAAUACAACCAUAUCCACCAAUGGCACCACCACGGCGACCACCACCACGGAUACCGGGGUCGUGGUGACUGGUACCCGCGUCAGCAACAGCACCUCGACUGCCACUGCGACCACCCCGGCCAACUCACAACCCUGCAAUGGCUACACCGAGUUCUGCAGUAGACAAUACUCCAACAUCACCAUGGUGACUGCCCACAACAGUCCAUUCGUGAAGAAGAACAAUAUCGCCGCAAAUCAGGUCUACAAGGUCAAGACUCAGCUCGAUGAUGGAGUGCGCAUGCUUUCUUUCGAAGCACACUACUACGAAGACGACAUUUAUCUCUGCCACAGCUCUUGCGACCUCCUCAACAUGGGCACCUUAGAAGCCUACCUCACCACUGUGACCGACUGGAUCAAAGACAAUCCCUACGACGUGGUCACCAUCCUGAUCGUCAACUCCGAUUACGUCUCUCCAUGGAACGUCACCAGCUCUAUCCAGAACUCCGGUCUGAUCGACUAUGUCUACGAGCCGUGGAAGAUUCCCAUGAGUCUGGACGAUUGGCCCACUCUCUCCGAGAUGAUUUUGGAUGGCAAACGCGCCGUCGUAUUCAUGGACUACCAGGCCAACCAGACCGCCAUACCAUACAUCAUGGACGAGUUUACGCAGAUGUGGGAAACACCGUUCUCGCCAUUGAAUACCUCGUUUCCUUGCACUGUGCAACGACCACCGGGUAUCACUGCCGCGCAGGCCGAGGAUCGGAUGUACAUGAUCAACCACAACCUGAACAUCGAGAUUGAAUUCGAGGGGCUCGAUAUCUUGGUUCCAGACUCGGCACAGAUCAACGAAACUAAUGCCGUGUCUGGGUACGGGAGUUUGGGUUUGAUGGCGAACAACUGUCGGGCCAAAUGGGACCGACCGCCCAACUUCCUGCUGGUUGACUACUACAAUGAUGGCAACUUUCAAGGCUCUGUGUUCGAAGUCGCCGCCGAAAUGAACAACGUCACCUACAACGGGAAAUGCUGUGGAGGGUCCACGAGUGCGGGAUCGAAAACAGUCGAUGCAACAUAUACAUGGUUCCCCGUGCUUACUGUUGUCGGAGUUGGACUUUUUACCUUCGCACUGUGAUAUGGAUCUCAGGAGAUAGUAUAUAAUUGUCACGUAUGAUAUAUUUAUAUUUAACUACGGUUC